AUGUCGAGCUCUCUUGUGACCCUUGAUAUUGCGAUAGCGCUUGCUUGUCUGGUCCUUGCAUGGUUCCUCUUCCGCAUAAACCACCGCCGCGCGCCACUUCCUCCGGGUCCUAGAAGACUCCCUAACGAGGCAAAGGGAGCAACUCGAUUCUACCGCUGGCACAUUGACGCGGCUUUGUACGACUUAUCCCCACCUAGAGUGACCACUCUGUAUGGCCUCACCGUGCCGACUGAUCCACAGCAGGUAUGCCGAUACGACGAUGGGACGGGCGACGAGCUCCCUAUACCUCUGGGAACAACGGCAUUCCUGAAGAGUCUCGCCAUGCAUUCCAAAGUCAAGUACGCGCCUCACCCGUACGUGUGGAUGGCUCCCGCGCAUGCGAUGCCAACCGGGUUGGGUAUCGAGUGUGAGGGUUUGGAAGUGCCAUUGACCGAGCUCCCGCCCUGGGAAGACGCGAAGCUGAAAAUCCUGCCAGUCGUGUGGAAGAAUGCGGUGACGGGGGAACUGCAUUUCCAGGUUCAUCCUUGUGGUGUGGCGGAGUUGCUCGUUGAGUCGAUUCCGGAAGGAAAGAGCAAGGAAGGCAUGUUGUAUCCUGAUGGUGCACGCCUUACGGACUUGAAGGAAGUGCGAGGGUUGUUGUACAAGAUGCAACGUCCGGCUAUUGCACCAAAGCUUGUGUACCCGCACGAUUGGAAAGAGAAGGAUCUGGUCAUAUUCCAUAAUCGCGGUGUGCUGCAUAGCGUCGUCGGUGCUUUCACUUCGGACCAGGUUCGGGCGUUCCACCAGUGUAACCUUGCUGCGUCGGACGAUCCCACUGGGCCUACUACCGAGGAUGUAAAGAAGUGGGCUUGA